AUGGAGCAGCUCCGGCAGCUCGGCGAGGCGGUGGGCGCCAUCAACGCGCUGAUGGCGUUCGAGCACGAGCUCCGCGUGAACCCGCGGCAGUGCCGCCUGCUGGCCGACGCGUGCGUGCACGCGCUCGCCGGCGUCACGGGGGAGGUGCGCGCGCACCUCCGCUUCGAGGAGCGCGGCGCUAAGUGGCGCGCCGUGGAGCCCGCGCUCCGCGAGCUCCACCGCGCGUUCCGCGACGCCGAGGACUACGUCCGCCACUGCCUGGACCCGCGCGGCGGGGGCAGCUGGUGGGGGCGCGCCGCGGCGGCGGCGCACGGCACCGAGUGCGUGGAGCAGCACCUGCACGGCAUCCUCUGGUGCGUCGCCGUCGCAGUCGAGGCCGUCGAGGCCGCCGCGGAGAUCGCCGGCGACGACGCCGACGAGAUCGCUAGGAGGCGGGUUGUGCUCGCUAACAAGUACGACGGUCGGAGCAUGCUGGAGCCCAUGCUGUUCCAGCACACCUACGGCAAGCUGUACCUGGUGUCCCCGGAGCUCGUUGCGCGGAUGGACACGGCGUGGAAGGAGGACAGGUGGCUGCUGUCGCAGCUGCUCGACGAGAUGAAGUCGCCGGCGGCGCCGAAGCCACUGACGAAGAGCGAGCGCCGGCUCGCCGACGUCCUGGCCGCGCCGCUGGGAAAGCUGCACCCGGCGUCUGUCCUGCUCAACGGCGACUACAGCGUGCGGAGGCGCCUCGGCGGCAACCUGAAGGAGGCGCAUUGGAUGGGGGAGAGCUUCGCCGUGAAGCAUUUCAUCGGGGACGCCGAGGCCGAGGUCUCGAUGCUCUCGUCGGUGGCGCACCCGAACGUGGCGCACGCCGCCUACUGCUUCCACGACGAGGAGAGGAAGGAGUACUUCGUGGUCAUGGACCAGCUCAUGGCCAAGGACCUCGGAAGCUACAUUGCGCGCGGGAUGGAGUACCUGCACUCCAAGAAGAUCUACCACGGCGACCUCAACCCGUCCAACGUGCUCGUCAAGCCGCGGCAGCCUGACGGGUACGUGCACGUCAAGGUCGCCGGGUUUGAGCGGCCGGCAGGCACCGUCACAAAUGGCGCAAAGGCGUCUGCUAAUGGCAAUGCCAACGCAGCCGCCGCCGGCGGAGACGACACCUGCAUCUGGUACGCGCCGGAGGUUCUCGAGCAACAGGAGAGCCACGACAGGCACACCGAGAAGGCGGACGUGUACAGCUUCGCGAUGAUCUGCUUCGAGCUGCUGACGGGCAAGGUCCCGUUCGAGGACAACCACCUGCAGGGCGACAAGACGAGCAAGAACAUCCGCGCCGGCGAGCGGCCGCUGUUCCCGUUCCAGGCGCCCAAGUACCUGGUCGCCCUGACCAAGCGGUGCUGGCACGCUGACCCGGCGCAGCGCCCGCCGUUCGCCUCCGUCUGCCGCGUCCUCAGGUACGUGAAGCGGUUCCUGGUCAUGAACCCGGAGCAGCAGCAGGGCCAGCAGCCCGACGCGCCGGCAGCCGCGCCGGCCGCUGACUACCUAGACAUCGAGGCGCAGCUGCUGAGGCGGAUCCCGGCGUGGCAGCGAGGCCAGGGCGCGCCCCCGCGCGUGGCGGACGUGCCGUUCCAGAUGUUCGCGUACAGGGCCGUGGAGAGGGAGAAGACCGCCGGCGCGCACGCCAGAAGGGACAGGGCCACGGAUUCCGGCAGCGAGGAGAACUCGCUGUGCAGCGACGAGAACGGGGUCGGGGCGACCACGCCAGACGACGACGCGUCCACCGUGUCGGGCGGUACCGUGAGGUCGCGCCCGGACAGCAGCGACGGCAAGAAGACUCCUCCGGUCAGGAAGGCGGACGGCAAGGCGCCGCCCAGACAAGGAGGGUUUCAGCAGAAGGUGAAAUCGGCGAGCGCGGUGAAGCCUCCGCCGGCGACAAGGAAAACGCUGGGCGUGAAGCCGGAGCUUCCGGCGCGGCGGCCGACGUCCGGGCAUGCCUCGGACUAG